UUCUCAUUGACAACAAAUAAAAGGAUUCAGCAUUCACAGCAACAUUAUUAAUACGCUCAGACUCUGAGGAAUGUGAAGGUUCCUGGUGUUAUGUAGCACGAGUUCGUGCUCAUAAUCGUAAAAUUACAGACCUUUUAUUUUGGACCUUAACAGAUUCUAAAAAAUCUCGUUUAUUCACAUUAAGUGAAGAUAGAACAAUGGCUGAAUAUGAUUUAUAUAAUGCAAAGAAACAUUCAUUACCAGUGUUAGCUCGUUAUGAAAUGGAACAAUUAGCUAAACCAUUAUGUUUAAGUAUGCUACCAUUAUCAUGUUAUAAAGAAGAAUUCUUUUUUAUAACAAAUUCUGCAUCUAAAAUUAAAUUAUAUAAUACAACAACUUUAAUGUGUCGUAAAACUGUGAGUUCUUUUCCUCAAGGAAUUGAAUAUACAAAAGUUAUACCACUGAUUUCUCGAACAAGCAAUCCAAAUUAUUUUAUGGUAUGUAUUUCAAAAGAACGUUUAGGAUUGAUUAUGUUACCAUUAGAUGGUGAUCCAUUGAAGUAUACUAAUAUUAUUGCACAUCCAAGUAAUGGUCGAGGUGUUGGACAUGCUCAAGGAUUAGCUAUUGAUAGAAAUGGUUAUUAUGCAUUUACAGCUGGUGGUCCAGACACUUGUAUUCAUAUGUGGAUAUUAAAUACUAAUGUACUAGAAGAAACAGUCAAUGCAAUGAGUUGUAUAAAGAAAAGAUUUUAUAAUUUUCUCUCAGAGGACUUUUUAGAAGAAAUAAAAGAUUAUUUCUACUAUUCCAUGAUUAAAACACAAGGAAUUUGUUGUAUGGAUGAACGUAAAACAUCAUUAACAAUUCCACUAACAGAAAUACCAUUUAUUAUGAGAGCAAUAGGCUUUUAUCCGACAGAAGUAGAA